GGUGCAGCGGCGUCAGUCUGUAGCGAGCGCCUGGGAUUUUAAAGUUUCUUGUGAUGGCACAAAAAAACAAGAUCGACUCUGAGGUGGAGGUUUCAAGCAAGAAGUUGUUCAAACCAAAAUCAAAGCAAAAGACAAAGAUGAAGAUACGAGGAUCUAAAAAGGAAAGUAGAGGUGGAGAUAAAUCAUCAAAAGGAAAAGAUGCUGAACAUCUGGAAUUUCAGACAAGUGAACCUCCCGAAAAAGAUUUGGAACCAAGAAUACAAAAGAUAAAGAUCACUUUGGGAGAUGAGAAGGCUAAACAAUACAAAAGCAAUUUUGUUACCAAAGACAGCCAAGAAGAGUCUUUCAGUGAUGCUUCAUCCUCAACGUCAGACGAUAAGGUUAAUGGCGAGGAUGAUGGACAACUGGCAAUCAGAAAGCCGAGAUACUGGUUAGAGAUGAAGGGGAUGGAGGCGUAUGUGGAAAAAUGCAAGCAAAAAGAGAAAGUGGAGAGGAAAGCUAUGCAGAAGAAAAGGAAGAUAGUUAGUGUUGAUACUGAUGAUGAAUCUGCCAGGAAAGAGAGAAAACUUGCAGUAACAAAUAAACAUGCUAAAAAGAGAAAAUCCUUUAAACUCAAAGCAAAAGCACAGGGUUCAAAAUCUAGAAAUCGCUCUCGGUAUGUGAGAAAGGACCCCCCUUCGUAUCCAGCAGGCAGUCAGGAGGAACACUGGUACCUGGAAAUUCUGGAAAAAGGAAAGAUUACAUGCCCUACUUGUAAGGCGGUCAUGAGGAAGACAGUAGAAGGAUUGAAAAAACACAUGGCAAACUGCAAAGAGGAGCCCUUUGUAUGUCAACACUGUGGGAAACAGUUGAAGUCUCUGGCUGGACUCAAGUACCACUUAAUGGCAGACCAUAACAACAUGCCAAUUUUGAAAGAUGGGGAUGUGGUUGAUGAACAAACUGAUAGGGAGAGACUUCGAAAGGUGUUGAGGAGAAUGGGGAGACUGAAAUGUCUCCGUGAGGACUGCGGUGCCAGUUUCACUAGUAUAAUGGGUUACCUCUAUCAUCGGAAGAAGUGUGGCAAGGAGGAAUCUGAGCUAAUAAAACAAUUAUUUAAAUGCCAACACUGUGGGAAGCUGUACAAGUCAAAGGCAGGCCUGGAUUAUCACCUGAAAUCAGAGCAUGCCCCGUCACCAGAAACUACAGAUGAUGAGGCUGCUGAAAAAGAAAGUGAACCGGAAGUGGAGAGAACAUCCAGUGGAAGAGUGCGGAGGAGCUCUGCCAAGCUGGCUGCUUACCACCUGCAUGAGAUAGUAGCCGAUGAACUUGCUCGAGAGUGGCCUCGAAGGAAAAUCCAACGGGACCUGGUGCCUGAUGAUGAUAAGUUAAAGUACACGAGACCUGGCUUGCCUACAUUCAGCCAUGAAGUGCUUCACAAGUGGAAGGAUGAGAUGAAAACCUAUAAGAGAGUGCAGUGUCCAAACAAGGAUUGUGGUUCUAAUUAUACCAGCGUAUCAGGGUUGAAGGCUCAUCUUGGUUCUUGCACAAGGGGGGAAUAUGUGGCUGGAAAGUACAAGUGUCUGCUGUGUGAAAAGGAAUUCAGCUCCGAGAGCGGAGUGAAGUACCAUAUAAAUAACGUACAUUUUGAGGACUGGUUUCUUCCCACUUCUAAAGCAGCUAAAGAAUUCAAGCCCUUGGUGAAAAUGAGCAAAAAACCACGUAAGAGGUCAGCCAAGAAAAAAUCAUCGACAAAGGUUGGCAAGAAACAGAAUGCUCAAAUAUUGUCGAUGAAUGAGAUAUCCUUCCUUAAAAAGGUCUGUGAGCCUUCAACAGAUCAUGAUCAGUACAGGUUUACUGAUAGUGAGGAAGACCAGGACGAACAGGAAAAGAUGGAAACCUGGCACCUCAAAAGACCAAGUGCAAAAGCUGAGUUAAAGACUGAUCAAGCCAACAAGUGAGCAACUCUGGACAAUGAAGAAUAGUGAAUGGAUUAUGUACCUUGGCAGCAAAAAAAAAAACAAGCUAUAUGGGCAUUGAUUCAAA